UGAUGUCUCAUUGCCAGCAAAGGGGAAACACAGCAUUGGUUGGAGAUUCUCUUGCUCAGGCUUGCACACCGUUCAUGUUUUAAAUUAGGCAUAGGGGAGAGCUCUCCGAACCAGCACAAGCAUGGCUGAGGAACGAGUACAUUCAGAUUCUAGCAACCUUGCUUUUGACUUAUCCACCUCCGCUGCAGGUGAAGGGGACGUCGCUCCACUUGACCCAUUAACCAUUUUUAAUCUCCUAGAGAAAGUGGCGGGGAUUGUUGAUAGUGUUAAUGAGACUCAGCGGAAAAUGGAGCUACAGCAACUGGAAAUUGAAAACACCGUUAAAGAGAUACAACUCGAUGUGGCAAAACUCAAUAAGGCUCAUUUGACCACAGAUAACACAGUAACAAAGUUGCUGGAGAAAACCCAAAAAAUCAAUGCAAAUGUGAAAGAUGUGAGACAACGACUGGAUAAAACCAAUGCUCAGGUCAAAAAGGUUGAAGGUAAUCACCGUGAGCUGCUCAAAAGGAAUAAAUUCCGUGUCAUCAUAUUCCAGGAAGAAAAUGAAAUGCCUUCCUCCACAACGUAUAAAAAACUUCCUAACGAAGGGGGAGCAGCCGCAACUGAAGAGCACACUUCAACGGCGGCCACACCACCACCAGACCUGUCCUCUGACGAAGAGUUUGUUUACCACGAAGAAACCACAGCCGCGCGCCUCAAAAAAUCAGGCAUGAAACGAGUGGAUGAUAUCAAGAAGGUUUUCUCAAGAGAGAAUAUGCAAAAAACCAAACAAAACUUAGGGAAGCGGAUGAACCGGCUGAGUGCAACUAUAGUCCCCCCAGACCAGAGAGAGAAGAUAAGGAUUUCUGGAGAGAGAAUCAAAAAAUCCAUUGUCGAUUCAAAACCUUUCCAUAUAAGAAAGAAAAAUGAAAGAAGUGGAGCAGAAGGGCAAGAGGUUUCUGUCAAAAAUGUGGGAGAAAGUUCAAAAGGGGAGCUCACAGGUAUGGAAGCAGCAGCGGAUGUUAAUGCACCAGCACCUCCUGAGGUUAAUGGAGAUGGUCUCCCAAGCAUGGGUCCACAUGUCGCCAACACAGAAACAGUCAUCGUAACAAUGGAAGCAAAAGGCGAAGAAGUUAUACCUGCAGUGGCAGAGGGGAAGCGGAAUCCUGAGUUCAGUUAAGCACAGACUUAAAGCUGCACUACUUGAUAGUGGUAGAAAUUGCCACACUUGUGAUAGUAAUACAUCCAGGAAAUUAUCAUAUACUUCCAUUCAGCCUUUGUUGGUUUAACUACUUAGAUUCCUUAACUAAUUUGGAAAUUUUUCAAUGAGGCAUUGUUAUCAAACACAAUUUGUCAGUCCUCUCACAUGCAUCCUGCUAGCAGGUUGAUCGGACUUUAGAUGACCGUGGAUCAGUCUUCUGCAUUUUAUACUGAUAGUUGUAGAAGUGGGUCCAGUGGAAUUAUGAGCGAUAGGCAGGAAGAUUACAAUCUAAAAUAAUGACAAAAAUUGGCAGUUUUUUUUAAUUUUCAAGAGUGAAUUUAGAGAAGGACAUAUCAAUAAAUCUUGUAUUUUUAUCUUUUUGAAUAGAACUAUUAAGUAUUGCAGCUUUAAUUCUUGUCGUCUCUCAGUUACUGAUAUGUAGUGUUACAAGGAUCAUUCUGUUGUCACAUGCCAUGCAGUUGCAAGAAAAUAUUGAAAGACUCUUACUUGCUUCUUAUUAAUGGUAAUCGAAACCCGAGUAAUCAAUACUCAGGACUGAAAACGAGAAGUAAAAUGAUCCAGGGGUUGGGGAAAUUGUAACGUAUAAAUGUAGAAUUAUUUUAUAAAAUUCAUCACAAUUUCAUCAUAUUCCAUCCCACAGGGAAGAUGCUAUGUACUUUGUAAUCAAAUUGAUGCAUGGUUUAGGAAUAUAUUAGCACCAUAUAAAUAUAUUUCUAACCCAAAGGCCUCAUAGCUAGAAUCAAAGCAAUUCAAGUUCAUGUUUUAUUUGGGGUAUUUUACAAAUACUCUUAAAAAUGCAAAUAUUUAGCUGAACUGAGCAUGUUUUUGAAGUGUGUACCCACAUAAUCACAAUGGUACCAUUAGUUAGUUUUAAGCCUGAAUUAGAAGUGUCAUGGUAUACGUAAGGGAGUACAAUUUUGUUUAACAUUAUUUGUGUAUUUUUUGUGUUGUCUUUGAUGUGCAUGUGCAAACACUGAAUGGUGACUGCAGGCAUCAAAGUUACAUGUUUAGAUCUGUUUUGGCAGGGUGGAGAGAGGGGAGGGAAUUCCAAUGAUAUUCAUGAAAACUUUAAGUCAUCCAGCUGGAUAUUCAUGUGUAUAACCUACUUAUAAUGUGAGCAGGUUCAUCCACUUUUCCCCCUGCAAUUAAAAGUCAAUUUGAAAUUUUGAGAGUCACCUUAAUGUAUGUAUACCUUUGUUUCAACCUAGGAACAGCUCUGACAUAUGCCUGCAUUCAUCAUUAUGAGCUUUCUUCCUCUUUCUCUCCUCCCGGAGAUGGUGACUCAUGAUGAACCAUUGUUCCGAGGGCGCUGGAAGCCCUCUGAUAUUAUAGCCAAGCACAUGAGCUUGUGCUUGGAAUGUUGGCAGACAAUUUGCCCAUUGAGGUGGACGUCACAAUGUGGCAAACUCUGACCACCCCCACUGCUCAGAAGCAGGUUUUCCAACAGGAGUCACUGGAUAGUAAACCAGUACAGGAAUCCUGCCAUUUCCCCCUGUCCAACAGCGAUGCUCAAAUGUGAGUUCAAUUCUUGAUUUAAAGAAUGACACAAAAGAUUAAUCCUGUUAGUUUGUAUUCUCCAUUCUGUCUUCAUUUUAAGUUCUACCACCGUCUUUAAGUCUUAUUUGAUAUCUAUUCUCCGGCUGGCCCUCAGUUUUCAAAACUUUACAGCUAAGUAAAAAAUCAAGUGUACUAUUCAGUCCAAAUUUUCUCCAUGGUAUAUGAGCACCCUAUUUGUCUCCUUGUAGGAAAUGCCUUUUACAGGGUUUCUAAGAGAAAUCCUUCACUACAAACAAACUUCAAGUGUGAGUUCAUGUUUUAUCACUCCAUGAUCACUACCAAUGGUUCUGUGUGUAUUUUACUCAAAGCUUACCAAAAAGUUACAAUGAAUUCCAUUCAUCAAUCAUCUACUAUUGAAGCAACUAAUAGUGAUGUGAUUAAACAGUAGUAAAUAUUAUAUCUACAGUUCUCAUCAUGAUGUGGUGAGCAGUGGACAGGCUAAGGAUAAGGCUAAACAUCUAGAACAUUCUUUUCAAAUUGCCUGAUCUGUUUAUACUUCAUUGUGCUUUUAAUUAUUUCAAUUAAAAACAAACAUGUCUUAAUUUAAAAUCAUAACUUGUGCUUAUCUGUCCCAAGAUUCUAACAAUUCUAUGUUUACAGUCUUGAGUGAACAGUAUUACCAAAGCAUAGUAGCAAUAAUUGUCACAUUAUUAGUUCCAAACUGCAGGAUUGUGCAAUUGGAAGUCAUGGAGUCAUUGAGUAAUUAAUACAUUAUAAGGAAACAGCCCUGUCAGCACAAAUCAUUCAGCCCAACCAAGAAGCCCAUCUGCACAAACUUGGCCCAUAACCUCAAAGCUUUUCUUAUCGAUGUACUAGUCCAGGUGUCAGUUUAAAUGUUAUUAUUGUAGCCACAUUCUAUUUGAGUUGAUUCAAGGCCUUGAGAAUACAGAACAGGAGACAGAAUAUUGUUGCAGAAGAAAAGGAAAACUUAUUAAAAACUUAUACACUUGAUAGGGAAGAAAUCACAUGGUGAAUGGGUAGAAGUGAAAGGAAAAUGAGAAAAGAAAGUGAGACUUCUUCACUGAAAAACAUGAAAAGUAAGGUAAUGUAACAGAUAAUGCACAAAGGAAGAGAAGGAAGGAAUAAAUGAUGUUUUGAAGUAUGGAAAUAGGUUUUCAUUUAUGAGGGCAUUAAAUGUGGCCAGAGACCCUUGCAGACAGUCCAGUUUGUGUUUUUCUAUAGAUGUUUUAAAAAUAUUAUAGAAUUGAAAGAAUGAGUGUGCAGAUCACAGAUGAUUGAAGUUCGUGUGUAGUGUUCCAUUUAGAUGUAAUGGGUUUCCCACUGAAUAAAUAUUGGACAUCUCCCUCAAAUGCCAAUUAACAUAUUGUUUCAGUCAUUGACACUGAGGAAUCAACACCAAGGGAAUCAAAGAGGUAGUAGCUCUGUAGUGAUAUAUACUAAGGACUCAAGUUAAUUAUUAUGUGUUAGCACUGGCCUUGAAAGUCAGUCUGUUUUAGGAAGUAUAAUUCCAAUGUUGAGUAUGAGUCCUAGACUAUCAAUGGAAACAUUUUUGUAUAUUACCAAGUCGAUAGGUGAUUAAUAUCUUGAGCCUAAAUAUCUGAUGUGAAAUGGAGUUGAAUAAUACUUGACAGAUACAAAUUUCCUUUGUUAACAAUGCUUAAUAAGCUUUCCUUAUCCAUUUUUACUGAUCUAUCUUUCUGAAAUUUGAAACAACGUUGCCUUUGUAAAAUAUUUUAUCAUUUUAGUUAUUAUUACUAUUGAUGCAAUUGACCAUUGAAAUUAAUAGUUAUUUUGAAGAAUAUAUCUGAUUCCCUUAUCACCUUCAAGUUAUUGGUACUUGGUGGUUAAACUAAUUCUUUCACCAUUGGUUGUAUUUUGUGUACAUUAAUUCAAUAAAGAAAAUACAACAAGAAAUGCAUUGGACUUCACUGCUUUUGAAACUUGCUUUUGCUUACAACUUUUUGCUUUAUUUUUCUUAUCAAGAAAGCAUGUCAGCAUCUCUAUUUUCUUAGAAGUUUGUGAAGAUUCAGUAUGUCAUCUAAAACUUUGACAACCUUCUACAAUCGUGUGGUGGAGAGUAUGUUAACUGGUUGUGUCAUGGCCUGGUAUGGAAACAUCAAUACCCUCGAAUGGAAAAGCUUAUAAAAGCAGCGAAGCCCUCCCCACCAUUAGGAACAUCUACUAGGAGCUCUGUCACAGGAAAGCAGCAUCCUUCGUCAGAGGCCCCCAUCAUCCAGGCCACACUCUCUUCUCAAUGCUGCCAUCAGAAAGAAGUUACAGAAGCCUCAAGACCCACGCCAUCAGGUUUGGGAACACAGCAUUCAGGCUCAUGAACCAGAGGGGAUAAAGUCAUUCGCACCAUCAGUGAACUGUUCCCACAAACCAUUGACUCACUUUCAAGGAUUCUUCGUCUCAAGUUCUCGUUGCUUAUUGUUUAUUUAUUUAUUAUUGCUAUUUCUUCAUUUUUCUUUCUUUGUAUUUGCACAAUUUGUUGUCUUUUCCACAUUGGUUAUUUGUCCAAACUGUUGGGUGUGGUCUUUCAUUGAUUCUAUUGGGUUUCAUGUAUUUUCUGUGAAUGCCUGCAAGAAAAUGAAUCUCAGGGUUGCAAUAUGAUGACAUAUUUGUACUGUACUUUAAUAAUAAAUUUACUUUGAACUU